AUGGUGAAGUACUCGCAGGAGCCGGGCAACCCUACCAAGUCGGCCAAGGCCAUGGGCAGGGAUCUGAGGGUCCACUUCAAGAACACAAGGGAGACAGCCUUUGCGCUUCGCAAGCUGCCUUUGACCAAGGCUAAGCGAUACCUUGAGGAUGUUAUUGCUCACAAGCAGGCAAUUCCCUUCCGGAGAUACUGUGGGGGUGUUGGUCGCACUGCCCAAGCAAAGUCUCGCCACUCCAAUGGGCAGGGUCGCUGGCCUGUUAAAUCAGCCAGGUUCAUAUUGGAUUUGCUGAAGAAUGCUGAGAGUAACGCUGAUGUGAAAGGCUUGGAUGUGGACAACCUCUAUGUUUCACACAUCCAGGUGAACCAAGCCCAGAAGCAGAGGCGCCGCACCUACCGUGCUCAUGGACGCAUCAAUCCUUAUAUGUCCUCACCUUGCCACAUUGAGCUGAUCCUGUCAGAGAAGGAAGAGCCUGUGAAGAAAGAGGCCGACAACAUUGUCGCAGCAAGGAAGCAGUGA